AUGCGUUCUGUCUACGCUGCUGCUCUUCUGGCUUUCGCCCUCCGCGCUGCGGCCGCGACCUGGUCGGUUAUCGCCCCCGGCGCCCCUGAGGGCACCAGUGUCCAGGACACCAGCGAUGAGGUCCGGGCCUCGCUCUGGAUCGGCCUUCGAGCGACUGCCGGUGAGACUAGCUCAUACCUGUACCAGCCUUUGCCCAACUGGUCUCCUGAUCAGGAGUCUCAGGGCUGCUCUGCUAGCAUUGAAGAGUGGUGUGUUGCUGCUAGCACCUACACUCCUAGUGGUCAGCUCGGUCAGGCCUACGUGACCGUCCCCAAGGAAAGCCAGGUCGGCUCUGAGGUCACCAUUGAGAACAGCAAGGCAACCCAGGUCGUCAGCAUCGACAGCAAGGUCGUUUUCAAGGAGACCGACCAGCUCGACAGCAACCUGCUGUACCUCUACUCCGGUGACGAGUGCUACACUGGAUCCGGUACCUGCGGCACCCAGUCUGCCUACGGCUGGAACAACAUCACAAUCCACCUGAGCGAGGCCGAUUCCAAGCUCGGCAACACCCUUUCCCUUUACAGCGGCUCCAGCUCCAACGGCCUGACCAUCUCCGAUGGCGGUAAGACCUGGCACACCGAUGCCAUCAAGAUCUCCAGCGACACUUUCGACGACAACGUCCAGAAAAUUUGCAUACGGCUAGAGGGUGAAUGAGUGGUAUGCUAGCAGUCAGUUAUCUUUGACGGCCCAUGCUCUGGCAUCCGCUCUCCCUGG